UAACAAAGUAGGAAGGCCGCCCUCUUUUCUUUCCUCCCCGCCCUCUUUGGUUCAGACACCGACCAAAGAAAAGAAAGAUGGCGUUGCAGGCAGGUGUCCAAACCUCCAAAGUUCUAAUUCUCAUGGGCGCAGGUUUGACUGGUUCAAUUAUUUUGAGGAGUGGGCGUUUAUCUGAACUCAUUUCACAGCUUCAGGAAUUACUCAAGGGCGUCGAUGAAGUCGAAUUCUCUCCUUAUAAAUACGAUCACACGCUUCUUGCUGCUCAGAUUAAACAAUUGGCACAAGAGCUCAAGGAUUUGACAGCGUCCAAUCCGAUAACCAUCCUUAAUGGCAAUUCAGACUCUGGCGGGGGUAUUGCUUCUUAUCUUGUGCCAGCUGCUGCACUUGGAGCAUUAGGAUAUUGUUACAUGUGGUGGAAGGGCUUGUCAUUUUCUGACGUAAUGUUUGUGACAAAGCAAAAUAUGGCAGAUGCUGUUACAGCCGUGUCAAAACAGUUAGAUAAUGUAUCUCAAACAUUAAAUUCAACAAAGAGACAUCUAACGAAGAGGUUGGAAAGCUUGGAUUGGAAAUUGGAGGAGCAGAAAGAAACGUCUCAGCUCAUCACAAAUAAUGUUGAUGAGAUGAAGUCAAACCUUUCUCAAAUUGGUUCUAAUGUUGAAAUGAUUCAUCAAAUGGUAGCUGGAUUGGAAGGAAAAAUUGAGCUUCUUGAAAGCAAACAGGAUGUAGCUAAUUCAGGUCUUUGGUAUCUAUGCCAAUUUGCUGAAGGAGUAAAAGAUGGAGCGAAUGCUAAACUUUUUCAGGAUGUUGGUGCAAAGCUUGCAGUUGAUUCAGCCGUGAAAUUUGAGGAGAAAUCAGUCAAGGGACUCCAAUUCCUUGCUGAAACCAAUGAGUCAGCCGUGAGUGAGAAACCAACAGUAAACUCAGAGCAAAAUGAUCUAGUGUCCCCUGUCAAAAAAGUCCCCACCAUGAAAACAAAGAUACACAGAUCUUAUCCAGUCGGAAUUUCCUGGGCCAGGGAUAUAUAUCAUAGGGACUGAUACAUAAUUUCAUGUUUCCUUCCACAUAUAAUCAAUUUUGUGAAUAGACUUUACCAUUUAUUUGAUAUUUGAGCAAUUGGAAUUUUGCUUGUGUGAGUUGGGCAACAUGAUGAAAGGUUUGUAUUUUACAUUUCCUGUUUUGUGGUGGAAGUGGGAGUGAUUGAAUACUGUCGUGGGGACUAUGUGCAAAAUAAAGCACAAUGGUCUUGUUGGUAUUUGAUUAGAUAAUAAAUUAAGAGCAAGAAGUUUCACGGUAGCA